CACAAUCAGUCUAAUUGGCAGCUCACGCCAGCACUCCAUAAAAGUUUGGCUGCUCAGAAUUUUGUCCAGUGACUUGGCAUGCUAAAUCAUUGGACUAAAAUGCAUUGGGAAAAGGAAAAGAUCAAGGAAGCUACCGCAGCAUGGUGGCGCUGCCCACGUGGGGUCACGCCUGCACUCAAUACGGAGACCGGGGGUUCGCACUGGCUUUGCAGACCACCAUGUCCGUUCAUGGAGGAAAGGACAGUCAGACAGGAGGCGAGGACAUCCCCCCCUUAGCUGAGAGAGAGAGAGAGAGGGGAGGAUAGAGAGACGCCAUCGGGCGCGUCGUGCACAUUCAUCAGUUGCCCUCCCGGCGGGAUUGUGUACUCACACACUCACCAAGCCUGAGCCAGCGCAGGAGAGCGACAAGCCGGCAGACAAGUGCCUUCCGACUCAUCUGCCUGCGGUUCUGCACUCAAUCUGCUGGGUUUUCUGGGCCCGUCAGAGUCUCAAGUGCGGACUUCCCAGGCCAAGGACGCCGUUCACUGCUCGGCUACCUCCGUCCUCCGUAUCCUAGUGGUCCUUUCCAUGCGGGAGUCCUCGCCUCCGCACAUUAAGCCUGAUGUUAAGGACUAACAGAUCCAAUCAUCUGUGAGCGGGAAAGACGUCGCCGCCUACUUUCCCAACCCGUCAUGGGCCAACGCAAUCAAUAAUGUUUUAUUGAGCCGAGGCGGGUUCUGAGAGAUUAAAACGUGCAGAAGGAUGAGCUACAGGUGGUGAACCCCCAAAGAGGCCUCCGAGGCUAGAAUCCCGCCGUCCUGACAGAGACGUUCAAAGCCCACCUUUUCCCAUGUCAUUGACUUACUCAUCCUCAUCCGCAACACCCGGGCGAGCUCAUAACCGCACUUGCUGGAUAUACGUCACUCUUGGCCUGCUCCCUGCUACAAAAUGGCAGUGAACGUGACCCCUAUCCGGGACACAAAGUGGCUGACUUUGGAGGUUUGUCGGGAAUUCCAAAGAGGGACGUGUUCGCGGCCGGACAACGAGUGCAAGUUUGCCCACCCCGCCAAGAGCUGUCAAGUGGAGAACGGCAGAGUCAUCGCCUGCUUUGACUCCCUCAAGGGUCGGUGUUCUCGGGAUAACUGCAAGUAUCUGCACCCCCCUCCACACCUGAAGACCCAGCUGGAGAUCAAUGGAAGGAACAACCUCAUCCAGCAGAAGAACAUGGCCAUGCUGGCCCAACAGAUGCAGAUCGCAAACGCCAUGAUGCCUGGCACCCAGCUGCAGCCUGUGCCCAUGUUUUCAGUCACGCCAAGCCUUGCAACCAAUGCCAACGGUGGUGCCGCUGCAGCAUUUAACCCAUACCUUGGCCCAGUGUCGCCCGGUUUGAUGCCUGCUGAGAUCCUGCCCAGUGCCCCGGUACUGUUCACCAGCAACGCAAGCGUCCCAGUCCCGCUCGGCACUGCUGCACAGAAACUGAUGAGAACGGACAGACUGGAGGUAUGUCGGGAAUACCAGAGGGGCAACUGCACUCGCGGCGAAAAUGACUGCCGUUUCGCCCACCCGGCAGACAGCACCAUGAUCGACACCAAUGACAACACGGUCACGGUGUGCAUGGACUACAUUAAAGGUCGCUGCUCUCGAGAGAAGUGCAAGUACUUUCACCCUCCAGCUCACCUGCAGGCCAAAAUAAAAGCAGCCCAACAUCAAGUCAACCAGGCUGCGGCUGCUGCAGCCAUGGGGCUCCCGCCUGUCCUGCCCCCUUUACCAAAGAGACCUGCACUUGAAAAAGCCAACGGUGCCACCGCCAUGUUCAACACUGGUGUAUUCCAGUACCAACAGGCUCUGGCCAACAUGCAGUUCCAGCAACAGGCUGCCUUCAUCCCAUCAGGCUCGAUAUUGUGCAUGACGCCUGCAACAAGUGUUGGUCGGCAUGCAAAUGAGGCUGUGGUUCUUUCCCUCCAAAGUAUCCAUGAUGCACGGUGCUACUCCGGCCACUGUGUCUGCCGGCACCACAUCUGCCACAAGUGUUCCCUUUGCAAGCGCCUCGUCCAAUCAGAUUCCCAUCAUUUCUGCAGACCAUCUGACUAGUCACAAAUAUGUCACCCAGAUGUAGGAGCCUCAAUAAGAACAGUGGAACUGCAGAGCAAGACUAGUGAUUCAACAAAGCAAAAGAAUGCAAUGGUGAAACUACACCUGGACAAAAAGAGGCGGGUCUGCUCCAAUCUCAUUCACGCUGCAUACAUUUAAAGGGGGCGGGGCUACACGUUAAUUCACCGGGCACACUUUGAAUGUCAACGUGGAGCGACUGAGACGAGCAGAGGGCGGCGAGCUCUACGUCACGGAGGAGAAACGAUGGCGUCUUUUGUAUGUUUUUGUUCAUGGGUUGUCGUCUCUCAUGUGUUUACACAAAGGUGCACCUUAUAUUUGAAUUGAAGAGGAGACGAAGAAUGGGACUGUGUCACUCAUGCAUGUGCGGCGACGGCGUGCGAGUACGUUGUUAAUGCAAGUGGGAGUCGAGUAAAAGGCCAUAUUUUGCCAACACGUCAAUAGAACUCUUAUCAGCGGUCAUGCAAAGCAAUGAGUUUCCCUUUAAGGCAUCAGUUUGUGUUUGUCAUCACGACCCAUCACUGCUGAUCCAAAAUCCUCCAAUCUUCCACCAAAUGUUACUCUCCUGAAUUCCCAAGAAUCCCCUCAUGGCGGUGAUAAGUAACCAGUUGCCAAGACAACUGCUGUGUGGUUUGUUUUUACUUCUGACGGAUUCUGUGUUAUUAGGAAUUUGUGUUGACCAGACUUUAAGUUUUUGGCCAAAGUGUUUUGUUGUGUUGACGUUUUGUGGGUCAACUAGUUUUUUGGGAGCGUCACCAAGGUUCAAAGAAGAUCUCUUUACUAAGUUUGGCGUAUUUGAUGGGCAGGGUGAGAAAUGUGACGGUUGUGUUCCUCAUCGGAAGCCUUAGAGCAGGGGUGUCAAA